UAAAGCGGGAAGCCAGUUGCCGGUUUUGUUCCAAACCUAUUGUCAUGGAACAGAAGAGUGCAGACACUGGUAACAUCUGAACUGAGUUUAUUGAAUAACACACAUGAAGUUAUCAGGCGACUCUCUGGAUACCAGAUUGUUAUAGUGGUACUGGCAUGAGUGACAGGUCUUUUCUGUUGCAGGUUGAGAUGAGAAAUGACUAAGUCAGGACUGAAGGAAAAAGGACUGAAGUCAGGCAGACGAGGAUACAAAGAAGAUGAAGGAUGGGACAGUAAGAUGCAUGAGUAGGUAAGCCAAAGAAUUAGUCCCAGAUCUCCAUGUUUGCAUGACCUGUCACCUGCAGCGGAAGACUACUGAUUUUUGCAACAAAAUUAAAUGGGUGGUUGAUGCCAAAUAACGUAACAUUUAUGGCUUGAAAGAAGAUGCCAAUGACUCGUGCAAUGAACACCAUUUUUCCAUUUGCCUUUCGGGAGGUAUUCCAAUGGACCUAGAAUCCAAGGCUGUGUAGGUGUGGAUUUGCCUUUGACAUACAGUAAUGGGUUGUGGAGGCUCCAGGACAGAUGUGUUGGAGCCAAGAUAUAUGGAGAGCUGGACCAAAGAGACAGAGUCCACUUGGCUGGCAAGCACAGACACAGACAUCCCCCUGUCCUCCAUCCAGAGCAUCCCCUCAGAAAACUCUUCAGAGGAAAGCUUCCCAUCAGAGAAAACUGGCAACCUUGAUCUCUUUGAUGACGGUCUGCCUGGUCCGGGUCAGGCAUAUCUGAAAGUGUGUUCUGCCAUAUCUGAGGUGGGACUGAAUGACAUGAAAACUGGCACUGGCACCACCCCUGUAAUACUCUCUCCUCAAGAGCAGGAAGUGCUGUCUUCUUCUGCGACCACAGUGCAGAAGAGAAGUGUGUUGCGAACUGAGGAAAUUACAAAAUGGCAGGACAACAGGAUGUCCACCAAGCAAGUGACCAUCACUGUGACUCAAAGUAUACGGCAAGUGGACAAGAGUGGGAAGAUCAAGGAGACAUCGCAAACCACCUAUGAGGUCAUGAAACCGGUGGAUUGUCUGAAGUCAGUUGACUCAGUGCCUCAAUGAUCUCGUACCUCGUGAAGAUUGUAUCCUCGAUUUCUUAAAAGCUUUGGUGAGGAUGUCAUGGACCAAAGAAGUACAAAGCAGGGAUGACCUAAAUGAACAAGUUAAUCUGUGCUUAAUCAGUGAUUACCAGGUUUCAUUCAAGGGUCAUUUGUUUGUUUGUUUCAUCAUUCAGUCACAUUCUUCUUUAAUAAUGUUUAUUUUUAUGUACAUUUUUCCCCUGUAAUGUCUAUGUCAUAUCUCUUUUUUUUUUCAUUUUUUGAUGCCAACAAAAAGAAUCUUAGUAAAUGCAUUUGCUGUACAUACACUGAAAGCACAGGAUAUCAGGGAGGGUAAUCAAGAGGUGGAUAAUUGACUAGGCUUACUGAAUGACUUUGAAAAAAAAUAUAUAUAUUUACAUUGUUUAAAAACAUAGGAACAACACAAGUGUAUUUUUAAGUAGUUUGUUUAUUUGAAGUUGAUGCAUUGCUUCAAUGUUGAUUUUAGAUUUGAAAAUCAGGCCUUUUUUGUAUAUCCCGUACACUUACUAUCACACAAUUGUUGCCUUCAAACAGUGUUUUUUUGUUUUUACAAGAGCAAACAUUUGUUCAAAACCUAAUUACAGUUUCUGUAGCAAGUUAGCACUUACUGUAAAAAGGGUAAUGUGCAAAAAUAAGAACCUCUGUUCUAUUGUUCCAAAACUGUUUGAUUGCUUUACUGACUGGAAGAUGCUGUUUAUUGAGUUAUUAAAUAUUUAUUGCAGUACUUUGAAAGCACAUAAUAACUACCGUAUCCUAACCUUUCUCUCGGUCCAGUCUCAGAAUGAAUUGGUAACACAAAGGUUUCAUGUAUUAACAUUAAUAGGUUAAUGUUAAUUUCUGAAUAGCUAUACUAAUAUAUUUAAAUAAUAACAUUAGAUACCCUUUUGAAAUAGUUUAUUAUUAAGCAUUAAAAUCUGUUUGUUUUUAUUUAAUCAAAUUUUCAAAAUGUAUUAUUUAUUCAAAUUCCUUAGAAUCAGCAUUAAUUCAGUUCAUUUUAAACAAAAUUGUAAUCAGUUAAAAGGUAUGUACAGUUGGUUACUGUGUAUUUAAAACAUAUUUGGUUUAAUUUUAUUAGUAACGUUAUCAACUAAUUCUUGAGCCACUGACUGGGCAUUGAACAAUCAUUAUAGAACUUUAUAGCUCUUAUUUGGAUUAAUUUUUUUUUGAAA